AUGAUCUUACUCAGGGACCGCAGUAAUCUGUACGGACACUAUGUUCCAUCACAGGGCGCUGCCAUCUUCUUUUUGAUAUUCUUCGGAAUCUUAACCUUGAUUCACGUCUUCUUUAUCUACUCUCGAAAACGGAAGUUCCCCAUAAUCAUCGUGAUCGGAGGCCUUUUCGAAGUCAUCGGACAUGCAAGCCGUGCCUAUUCACGACAUCACUUGAGCGAGAUCGUACCCUUUUCGAUUCAAAUCAUUUUGAUCCUCCUCGCACCUAUACUUUUCGCUGCCGGUAUCUACAUGUUCCUCGGACGUCUCAUUCGAUCCUCCGGCUGUCCAAACCUGAGCCCUAUCCGCACCACUUGGAUAACGAAGAUCUUCCUCUGCGGUGACAUCUUUUGCUUCCUGGUCCAGCUGGCCGGUGCCAGCAGGCUUAUCAAGCCAAAGACGCAGAAGGACGUUAAACUGGGCGAGAAUAUAAUCCUCGGUGGUCUUGUAUUGCAGAUUAUCAUCUUCCUAUUCUUUGUGGUAAUCGCAGCCAUCUUCCAUCGACGAUAUCGAAGGGAUAAGCAAGCUUCGGAGAGCAAUGGCUUGUUGCAACAGCAGUUGUAUACUCUGUAUGUUUGCAGCGGAUUGGUCUUGGUUCGAAGCAUAUUUCGCCUGCUUGAAUACAAAACUGGACAAAAUGGCUACCUCAUGUCGCACGAAUGGCCCGCAUAUACGUUCGACGUUGCUUUGAUGGCAGCCGUCAUGGCGAUAACGCUCAACUGGUACCGCGGAUCCUUGGAACCUGACAAUGGUGGGGCAUAUAGUCAGGAGCUGCGGUGAUUCUGACACGGAAAAUCUUCUGGGGAAAAUUGUAAUUAGGUUUCAGACAUCUGCGGUGAGAGUAGCCACGUUUUUGUAUCGUGCCAUAUGUGAAAGCGUCAUUG